AAGAGAGCAACACGACUGCAAAUUAAAUAUAUCGAGUUGCACACGGCGCUGUGAGCGCGCGCAACGUUCGCGCGGAGAGAAACGCGGUCGCUCCGAUCACGCGUGAUCUUGAUAUAAAGCAACGAAGCCGGUACUCAUCGCGUUCGGACCAGUCUCGGUGUGCCAGCGGUUCAGAAUAUAUGCUCUUUGCUCUCUCUCUUUCUCUUUGUGUGGCAAACACGCGUCAGAUGCGCGUUUUAUUGCGCGUCCAAGAAAGUGCUCUGUUAUAUUGUUAAAUAAAUCGAAAACUGACGAAUGUCAGUUCGCGCGACCGUAAUCUGAGUUAGUGUCAAGCGGUCGUAAAAAUUUGAUAUUUGUUAUUUUAAAUAAUAAUGCGCAUCGGUGAGUGUUUGACGCAGAAGAAGAUCUCGGAAGAUCGACUGAACAGUUUCGUUCGGUCGUCAAGUAGGCGACUCGUUUUAUCAAGAGAAAAAAAAAGAAACGCGUCUGAAUCGUUGGCGUAAAGAGAUAAGAAACACUGAAAUGCAAACAAAAUGCAAAUAAGUUGAAUGCCAAGUUAAACAUGCAGUUCACAGUCCGUCGAUGAUACGAGCUCAGAAUACAGCACAAGAGACCUGGGACGGUGAUUAGAUACAAUAUCGACAGAAUGGCACGUGGUGAGACUGACCGUGGCUGGGCAUGGACGAUUGUCAUCGGCGUAACUGUCAUCAAUUCCAACAAUGUUUUGGCCUUAUCUUCGCGGAGCGUUUCACGAGCCUGGGCAUCACCGCGACGCAAACAAGCCUGAUUCUUCAUCUCAAUGGAACAAUUACGUGCAGUCUAGGCCUGAUAAGCGGGCCGAUGAUGAAAAGAUUCGCCUUUCGUCAGGUCGCGUAUUUCGGCGGUCUGACGGUCGUCCUUGGGAUCUGCGCAGCCGCCUUCGCCGUGUCUCUUCCAACUCUUAUUAUCACUUACUGCGUUAUCAUCGGUGUCGGUCAAGGAAUCAUAUUUCCAGCGACGACUUUGGCUCUGAACACGUACUUCCGCAAGAAACGCAACGUAGCCAUGGGUCUGGCGGUUACGAUGACCGGUUUGGGACCGAUCUUAAUGCCUCUUUUGAUAGAUAUAUUUCUCGAGAGAUAUGCAACCACCGGCACACUCAUCAUUCUUGCUGGAAUCGCUACGCAUUCGUUCGUUGGUGCGUCGCUGUUAAUACCAUUCAAAGCGAAGAAAGAGAUUUCUGCAAAAGAUAAAACAACUGAUCAAUCCAAAACCGAGAGCGGCACGGGAGACCACCGGGAAGCAAAAUCCAAAAUUGAAAAAAAUUUAGAAGACAACAUCACCGUCCAAAGUCGAUUGCUAAACGAAGAAAAUUCAGAAGAGACGGAACAACCGAAUAAUCGCGUAAAGAAUAAAACAGAAUUGAAGAAGGAGGAUGGAAGAAUUUCGUUCCUCAAAACAAUCGCUACCACUUUGGAUCUCGAUCUUCUUCGCGAUAAUCGUUAUAUAGCGGUAGUAUUAGGUAUGGCUGUCUCGUUAGUAGCCGAGACAAAUUUCAACGUGAUGAUACCGUUCGUUCUGGCCGAGCUGGCGAGUCUUGACAGAACGUCGAUAGCCAUGGUGAUGUCGAUCCAGGCUGCCGCGGAUAUUACGGGACGUCUUUGUGUUCCGCUGUUGGCGCAAAAAGCCGGAUGGAGAUGUCGAAAUUUGUACGUGAUAUCCCUGUUGGGAUCGACCUUCGGCAGGACCAUUCUAUCGACAUGGGGUAAUUUAUACGCCGUCGUGAUCGGAGUAUUUCUGAUUGUCGGACUGGCAAAGGGAACCAAGGCUGUUUUUCAAUCUUUAAUUAUUCCCGAUUACGUUCCAUUAGAGAGAUUGCCGGCUGCGUCUGGUAUCCAGAUGGUUUGUAACGGCAUUCUAUCCAUCAGCGUGGGUCCAUUAAUCGGUUUGAUACGUGAUUCAACAAACAGUUACGUGAGUGCGCUCUACUUUACAUCUUUUCUCAGUUUGUCUUGUGUCUUUCUGUGGUUAAUAAGCGGACUUUGGACUCCAUGCGCAAAUAUGUUUGACUUACAUAAACAGAGUUCAUCAGACAAUCAGGAAAAUUCUCACGAAAACGUGUAGCUAAAUCUACACCCUUAAACAAGUAAUUUAAAAUUUUUUGUAUUAUCGCAACACUGUAUGUUAAUUAAAAACGUUUUAUAAACUAUGAUACAGUAACUUCAGCGUUCUUAUAAAAUAUCUGGCGACUGUGUGUAUAAAGUUGGUAUUUUUAAUUAAUUAGUGUCAAUAUAAGACACAAAGCUUUAAUAUUUUAAUUAAAAACACACACAUAGAUGUAUACAAUAUUUCAUAUUGUAAUAAAAUUAAAUACAUAGAUGGAAAAAGAAGAGGAGAAAUAAAAGAAGAAGAAUUUGUUUUUACACAAAUCUUCGUGCAAAUGCGCGCAAUGAUAAAAUUUAUCAUAGUUUAUCGACAAACAGUUUGAUACAAAAACUUAACAAGGUAUAACCAUAUUUUCUAAUGUCACAUCAACAAAUUCACUGAAAAAUAUAAAUUCAUGUAGGUUUUUUUGAGAUGAAAAUGUAUAUUUAUUGUGUAAAUACAUGCUUAUGUUUAAAUAUAAACCGAGAGAAACCAAAAUUUUUAUACGAUAUUUUAAUUGUAUCGUAAGGUGUAUCAGUGGAAAUCUUAUGUAAUGAUAUUACUUAACUCUUUUGUAGUUUUAUGUAUCAUACCGUUAUAAUAAUACAACAAAACGUUUUAUCGAUAUAUGUUAUAUCAUUUCCUACACACAAAAAAUUAUACAUAAAAUUUUUAAUGUUUUUUACUUAUCUCUAUGUAAUAUUGAUAUAUUUAAAUUGUUUCUUACAGCGGUUCUCUUGACAAUGACAUUUCAGCAAAAUCUACUUUUUUUGUCUUACAAUUAGUCAUCAAAAAGAAUAUUCCGUGUGCGUUGUUGAUAAUUGUCAAGAGCUCGCGAGAUUAGAUUAAUCAUGAUCUCCAGUAGUAUUCUCUUAUCGAUUGCAAACUGUCCGUCAAAGGCAGUUUGCAAACGUUUAUCGUAACGCGCAACAGAACAUUAUGUAGAGAACACAAUACUAUGUAGUGAACUUCGAGAAAGAGAAAUAUCUUAAUCAUUAGCUUACUUACUUUUGUGUUAUUUAUUUUUGCAUUACUUUUAGAUUAAAGAAAUUCUCGGUAUCUUUAUAUAACAAAACGAUCGAUAAAUGUUACGCAGCAACUGUGUUUUUUAUUUAUUGUGUAAUGUUGCGUAACAAUGUAUAAUAGUUGUUUCUUGUACAAAUUCUGUUGAAAAUCACAAGUUUGUUCUAG